AUGCGCAUAUCACCCGGAAUCUUCACCUUUUCUCGGAAAAUAUAUAAUUUUCCAACCGAAAUUAUUCUAUUCUUGAGAAACGACCUGGAGACGACACCCAAAGACACCGUUCAAUCGUGUUGGGAUACAAGUGAUCAACAACGUGAUCCAAUCGCAGUGAUCGGUCAGUAUGAAGUUAUCGAACAGUUGGGCUCAGGUGCAUUCGGAUGUGUCUAUCGAGUGCACAAGAAAAUAAUCAAUUCAGCGCAUAAAACCUCAGCACCAACAUAUGCACUCAAAGAGAUUUUCAUGCUGCAAGAAGACGAAAGUAACGUGGACAAGAGUUACGGUGAUAUUAUAAGUGAAGUCCGAAUAAUCAAACAACAGUUGCGACAUCCAAAUAUCGUUCGAUAUCGUCGUGUCUUUGUCGAGAACCACAAGUUGUAUAUUGUUAUGGACCUGGUGGAAGGGGCAUCGUUGAGAGAUCAC